GUAUAAAUUUCUCAUCCAUGGGCACUCUGUUUGCCUGCCGGCAUUCCGAUUCCUCAUCCUCAUCCUCUCUUCUCCUUCUCUUCUUCUCUACUUCUAUACUUUUUUCAUGGGGUUUGGGACCGGAGAUUCGUCUUCUCUGAUGCGAGAGCUCCUACGGAUCACCGGUGGAUGCGCCGUCAUCGACGGGGGCCUCGCUACAGAGCUGGAAUCGCACGGCGCCGAUCUCAAUGACCCGCUCUGGAGCGCACGCUGCCUCAUCGAUUCACCACAUCUCAUCCGAAAGGUUCACCUGGACUACCUUGAAGCAGGUGCAAAUAUUAUCAUCUCUGCAUCAUAUCAGGCUACUAUUCAGGGUUUUGAAUCUAGAGGCUUUUCCACACACGAAAGUGAAGCUUUGUUGCAUAGGAGUGUUGAAAUUGCAUGCGAGGCACGGGAAAUAUUUCUGAAGGGAUAUUCAAAAGGUUCAUGUGAUGCUAAUGAAAAUAAAUUAACUUCCAUGAAACAACCUAUUUUGGUAGCAGCCUCUAUAGGAAGCUAUGGAGCAUAUUUAGCAGAUGGUUCUGAGUAUAGUGGCGACUAUGGAGAAGCAAUUACAAAAGAAAACUUGAAGGAUUUUCACAGGAGAAGGUUCCAGGUUCUUGCAGAAUCGGGUGCAGACCUAAUAGUUUUUGAAACUAUUCCCAAUAAAAUGGAAGCACAGGCGUAUGCUGAGCUUCUUGAGGAAAGUAAUAUAAAUAUUCCAGCUUGGUUUUCCUUUAAUUCGAAAGAUGGGGUCUGUACAGUUAGUGGAGAUUCGAUAAUCGAAUGUGCAUCUAUUGCUGACUCAUGCAAUAAAGUUGUUGCAGUUGGAAUAAAUUGUACUCCUCCCAGAUUUAUCCAUGGCUUGAUCCUCUUGAUUCGAAAGGUGACUCAGAAACCAAUUUUAAUCUAUCCAAACAGUGGGGAGACUUACGAUGCUAGUAAAAAGGAAUGGGUGGCAUCAACAGGUGUCUCAGACGAAGGUUUUGUUUCAUAUAUCAAGAAAUGGCAGGAAGCCGGAGCUUCCCUUAUCGGAGGCUGCUGUAGAACAACUCCAGAUACCAUUAGAGCAAUAUCUCGAACUCUUUUCCAGGAACACAGUACUCCUGAAACAUCUAUAGCUUAACUGCACUCAUGUAUCUUACAGAAACUAGUUAAAAGUAUCAAUGUGAGUGUAUCAGUUGAUCACACUGACUUAUCUACUCCAAUCUUCUCUGUAUAUUAGUUUGUAUGUGAUGCUGCAACACUGGUUUUUCUCUAAAUAAGAUGGAUGGAUGGAUGAAAAUCA